AUGUUUAAAGUUACUAACAACAAUUUUCUGCACGCCACAUUGGUGUGUUUUUUAUUCACCCAGAAUGAUAAUAAAUUAGAAGGCUUAGCCAAUAAGUUAGCUACGUUUAGAAAUAUAAAUCAAGAGAUUGGAGACCGAGCGGUCUCUGACAGUUCGGUUAUAAACCAGAUGACAGAUUCGUUGGGGUCGAUGUUCACCGAUAUUAAGAACUCAUCCUCAAGGUUGACGCGAUCAUUAAAAGCCGGUAAUGGUAUAUGGAGAAUGGUUGGUUUGGCACUGUUAAUAUUCUUCAUUCUGUAUACUCUGUUUAAGCUGUUUUGA